GUGGGCGGCCCGCGGCAGGCCCGCAGUGGCCGCGGCGGCAUGAAGGGCGCCCUGGGGAGUCCCGUGGCGGCCACCGGGAUGGCGAUGCAGGAGACUUUUGGCUGCGUCGUGGCCAACCGCUUCCACCAGCUGCUGGACGACGAGUCGGACCCGUUCGACAUCCUGCGUGAGGCCGAGCGCCGGCGCCAGCAGCAGCUGCAGCGCAAGCGGCGCGACGAGGCUGCGGCGGCGGGCGCGGGGACCGGGGCCGGCAGCCGCGGAGGCCGGAGCCCGGCCGCAGCCUCGGGCCACAGACCCGGCGCGGGCGGCCGCAGAGAGUCCCAGAAGGAGCGCAAGAGCCUCGCGGCGCCGGGCGCGCCGCAGCCCGACAGCCCCGCGGGCGCCCUGCAGCCGCCUGGCCAGAAGCGAGCUCCUAGAAGAGGGGAACAGCAAGGAUGGAAUGACAGCCGGGGAACAGAGGUGACGCUUGAUAGAACAGAGCGGAGACCCUACAGGGAAUAUCGGCCUUAUGACACUGAGCGGCAGGUGGACUUUCCAGCUGAGAAGUUAACAGAUGAAAAACCAGUUGAUAGGUUUGAUCGAGACAGGCAGCAGAGAGGACGUGGCAGCCUGAGGGGGAACCUGAGGGGCAGAGGCCGAGGUGGUCCUGGGAACAGAGCUUUCGACUUGUUUGACCAGAGAGGGAGACGGGAUUUUGAAAGAUACAGUGGCAUCGAUAAAAUAGGAGUCCGGACUGAAGACAGUGCUGCUGGCUGUGGAGCCCGGCCCUGGGGAUCAGGUAACGAUGCUAGUGACACAGAGCCAACUGCCCCGAUGGAAGAGUCCUGUGCGGUUGAGGAGUCCCAGGGCACCCUGGACAACGAAUCUCCAGCUAAAAUACCUGAGUUGGAAGUUGAAGAGGAAACACAAGUUCAAGAGAUGACUUUAGAUGAGUGGAGAAGUCUUCAAGAACUAACCAGACCAAAGCCUGAGUUCAAUAUCCGGAAGCCCGAGGCCUCAGUUCCUUCCAAAGCAGUGGUGAUCCACAAGUCCAAGUACAGAGAGGAUAUGGUAAAGGAUGACUAUGAGGAUGAGUCCCAUGUUUUCCGGAAAGCCGCCAAUGACAUCACGUCCCAGCUGGAGAUAAACUUUGGUAACCUCCCUCGUCCUGGACGGGGAGCCAGGGGUGGCACCCGGGGAGGCCGUGGAAGGAUCAGAAGGACAGAGAACUACGGACCCCGAGUAGAAGUGGUGACACAAGAUGUUGCUCCCAAUCCGGAUGACCCUGAGGACUUCCCUGCCCUGGCCUGAUAGCACUUCCCUGCAGCAAAGCAGCACUCCAAAGAGACUUUCUUGCUGUGAGAAGAGUCAGACUCUUAAGAACAAUUGACGUUGCUUUCCCAUGUCGUGUCAUGUCCUGUGACUGCUGUACUCUGGCUCUGUGGGAUGUGGAAUGGGGGGGGGGGGGUUUUCUGAGGCCAUGAAAGCAAGCUCCCCAGGAAGCAUUCCCUGAGAUGAACAGUGAAGGAAUUUCAAUGACGUUCAGGGAUGUUUAAAAUGUGCACACAUAGAUCAGAUAGAACCCUCCAGAAGUACAAAGAGAAAAGAAAUCUAUAAAAUACAUUUUUAUUGAGACUAAGUGGCAUAAGUAAGUCCUUACAGGAAUUGCAUAGAACUAUUAAUUUAAAGCAGCACUCAGCCUAGUUUUCCAAUGACUGUUCACUCGUAAAUCUAAACUCUUCUGAGAAACUUCCUGAGUUAUGGAGAUAGCCAUUGUACAGUUUGUGAUCACCACUCUGAAGCAGUAGAAGCCUUGAUUUUUAAUGGUGAUUUAAACUACCUCGUGGUGUCUGUGUGUACGUGCACACACUCCCGUAGGGUACAUGUGUGGGUCAAACAUUAAAGCAUUUAGGACAGACAUUAAGAUUUAAGGAAUCAUGUUAUUUAAUUAGCUAAUCAAAUGAACCAGUUUCUUCGUAAAAGAAAAAUGUAUCAUUUCUCCCUCAAAACUAGUAUCAGAAUUUAGCACUGUACUCUCCUAGACUUGUAACCUUCUUGCAUUUAUCCCAUAUUAUGGGCAGGCUUCUCACUUGGGCCUCACCUCACCCCUUUUAUUGCCUCUGAUGGAGGUUUGGAGUCAGGGACCACCUCAGAGGUUCAGGUAUUAUUAACUUGGAACCCUGCCCUAAACAACUGAGACCCAGAGCCAAGCUGCCCACCCACUGAGCUGGGAAGAUAAAGAGUGCAUGGGAGUGGCUAGCAGAGACAGCUGCAGGCAGGCAGGGCCUCUCACCCCCUCUCCCCCAUUUUACUGGAGAGAUUGUGAGUGAUGGUGGCUUAUGAUUUUCCCACUUGUUACACUGAGACAACAUUGAAGCAGGAUCCAAGUACAAGUCAAGGUUGGUAUUCCUUGCGAAUUUUGUAAAGAGUAAACUGAGUCCUUUUGAUUGUGCCUAAGCCACUGUGAAGAGAAGUCACGGUUUUGUUGAAUAAUCAAAGUUGCACCCUAGACUUGUUACCAUCAGAGAUGUUUGCUUUGGGCACCUGCCUGCUGUAGUCCUGUUUGUUAAAUGAACGUGAGUACUCAGGUAUGUCGAGUCAACCAGCUGCUUUCCUCCUGGUUGGUCUGUCAUGAUGAUGAGCCUGGACACAGCACAGUGAGGCUAUGUCGUCAUGCUGCAGGGUUGAAUGACAGGAAGUCAUUCUGCCUUACUGUGGCUUUGAAGAGAAGCUCCCUUUUUAGAACAUUCCCUUUUAAGUGAAUGACACAUGAAAAGCCCAUACAGAAUGCGAUUUAAUGUUAGAACACUGCAUCUUUUCUCAACACCUUGAUUUCCCUCACUCCAGUCCUAUCUAUGUGCGGUGACACCGCAGGACAGGGCCUUGCUUUCUGUAAUGAGCUUUGUAUAGACAGGCACCUGGGUCAUUUGGUAGGUCAAAGGAAUAGAGUUUUUGCUUGUGCCUUUGUCUAUACUCUGAGUCCCCAACAAAGACAAAAAGCAGAAGCAAAGGGCAGAGGGAGCUGUUAUCAGGAUUAUUCCAUUUGGACCUGCACUGAAAGCACAGGAUCUCUGAGUUAGUGAUCCUUUGAGGGGCUGGGUAUAGAUACACCAUGUAUGAGAUGGGGCACCCUGGGCCCCAUGCUGCUUGUUUGUAACUUAAAACCAGGCAGGUUAACCCAACAAAAGACACCUGGCCCCUGAUCCCAGAUGGGACCAGGCAAGUUUGAAUUCCAAGAGUAGCUGCCAGUACCCACCUCAGGUGUUCAAGUCAUGUCUCUACGACAGCAGCUGAAGGUGGGGCUGGGGAUGGGGAAGGGGGCCCGAUCACUGCCAGACAUGGCUUGGUGGCCUGAAGAGACCCUCUUUCUAGAGUAUUGGACAAGGUCAUGAAACAUGUCCUCUACAUCUAAACAGGAAGACAUGACUCCAGCAGCUCUUCCUUUAGGAGGCUGUGGUCCUGCUCUGACAAGUGACAACCAAACACACCUGUGACCACAGGCUGGGGAUCUCUGCAGCUUCUGUUGCUGGGCUGCAGUCUCUGUGGCAGUGGCACGCUGUGGCGGUCUGGACAUGUGACUAGUCUGCUUGCAGUGUCUACAGCCUGCUCGUAUUGUCAUCCCAAGCCAAGCAAGCCAGGAAUGCUGUCAGGGUUUCUGACUUCCUGUCAUGUCUGCUCUCCCAGAGCUUAUGCCCUCUGAGCAGGGUGACAAGGUAAGGCCAGCGGUGGUCUUUGAAUCUGUCCCUGGCCUGUGGGGAGUGCUCCAGAGCAGCCACGCCACAAGGCGAAGACAGACAGGAUGCACUCUCUUCUGAGCUGCACUUGCCACACACAGGCCCACGUGUCUCCAAAGAGCUUGUUUCUGCCUCAGAAGAAAGAUCUUCCUGUGUUUCUCAUGGCUGCUGUCCCUGGCUAGGCAGUGUCACCUCUGUUUGCAACAUGUCCUGGGGCUGCCUGGGACAACCCAGGGUGGGCUCCACAUGUCAGGCUGGGCGUCAUCCCACAGUAGCCAUGUUUAUGUGGAAAGGAGAAAAAUCAAUAAAAUCUCUGAAACCCUUUUGUUACA